AAAAAAAAAAAAAAAAAAAAGCAAAAAAAAAGAGCAAUUUUGGUGUCUGAUUGUCAUCAUCGUGAGUUAUUUCAAGUGUUGUUAAUCAACAAAAGCCGCCAAAAUGAGUAUUAUGGCAUAUAAUGGAGGUGCCCUAAUUGCAAUGAAGGGAAAAAAUUGUGUUGCAAUUGCUGCUGAUCGUAGAUUUGGUAUACAAGCACAAACAAUAACUUGUGAUUUUCAAAAAGUAUUUGAAAUGGGACCACAUUUGUAUAUUGGUAUUCCUGGACUUGCAACUGAUGUACAAACAGUUAUUGAACGUCUUAGAUUUCGUGUUAAUCUUUAUGAACUCAAAGAAAAUCGUCGUAUGACACCAAAAACAUUUGCAAAUGUUGUAUCAAAUUUAUUAUAUGAAAAAAGAUUUGGUACAUAUUUUGUUGAGCCAAUUGUUGUUGGUUUAGAUCCAGAAACAUUUGAGCCAUAUAUAUCAAAUAUGGAUUUAAUUGGUUGUCUUAAUGAACCAGAAGAUUUUGUUGUUGGUGGUACUGCUGAAGAUCAACUUUAUGGAAUGUGUGAAACUGUCUAUGAGCCAAAUCUUGAACCAGAUGAUUUGUUUGAAACAAUUAGUCAAGCACUUGUUAAUGCUUGUGACAGAGAUGCUAUUUCUGGUUGGGGUGCUGUUGUUCACAUCAUUGAAAAAGACAAAGUUACAACAAGACAUGUCAAAACACGUAUGGAUUAAGAAAUAAAAAAAUUACUUUUAAUAUCAAAAAAAAAAGAAAGAAAA